CACUGGAUAAGUGAUUAUGUUUUGUGAGCAUCUCAGGGCGUUUUGUUUGGAAGCACGCCGUUUGUUUUGCAGUCCUCUCCUUGUCGGUGUUGUAGCUUGCUAGCUGUCAGGCUAACCCUUAAUGCUCCAUUCUUUGUGUGGCUCUGCUCCGCCUUCGCCGUUUAUUCUCAUUAAUUAUCUUUUAUCCGAUGCUUCACUGUUCGGCCAGCACUCCGGCUGCUCGCUAAACCAACGUUUAUUCUCGCAUAUGAGUCCGUAUCCCUUUACUAGCUGCCCGGCUCGCUCGCUCCCUCUCGGCCACCAGCUGACCCGCCUCGCCGGCUAACUUGGCUCGGAGGCUCGCUGGCUGUUAAGCCUCGCUGGCUAGAAGUUGCUCUCUGAUAAUCUGUGAAGUGUCAAAUAGUUUUAGUGAUAUGACGGGCACACGGCGUAAAUGCUGAGCAGGAAGGCGGCGGGGGGGGCGUCGGUUUCCUUAUAUUUUACUGAUGUGCUCUUGGUAUAUGUUGCUCUACACCGCAGGCAUCUGCCUGAAAACGGCUUUGCGUUAAUGUUGUCAUGAAUGAAAAACGUAUUCCGUCAGGAUGAAUGACAUCAACCUGAGUCCGGUGGGAAUGGAGCAGCUGAAUGUGCCCCCCGUCAGCGGGACUCACCUGGGCCUUCCCACCUCACCGCCCCACAACCCCAUCGCCGCUCCAGGCAUGCCAGUGGCCAUCCCCAACCUUGGUCCUUCCCUAGGGUCUCUCCCUUCUGCCCUCUCCCUGAUGCUGCCCAUGGGUCCGAUAGGAGAUCGGGGGGUGAUGUGUGGCUUGCCAGAGAGGAACUACACCUUGCCCCCUCCUCCUUACCCCCACCUGGAGAGUAGUUACUUCAGACACAUUCUUCCAGGUAUUUUGUCCUACCUGGCCGACCGUCCUCCCCCACAGUACAUCCACCCGAGCAGCCUUAAUAUGGAUGGAACGCUGUCUGUGAGCAGCAGCAACCCUUCUGGCCUGGACCCGUACACAGGAACUGGGGCGCCCCUCGAGCAAAGCUUGGUGGCCUUGGACUCUCGACAGGUGGGGGGUCAGGGGAGCCUCCACCAGGCCGGUGCCCAUGAGGUGCCUCUAGACGCUGGGCUGAGCAUGGAGUCACGCGUGAGCAGCCCCAUGUCCCCGGAUGGAAUGGCGGAGGAGUUGGCCUCGAUGGAGGGGGUGGUGGCGGAGACGCAGCAGCUGGCUGGCAGGACACGAAACCAUGCGGCUUUGGGGGCAGUGGAUGGAUCUGGGGGGGUGAUGCCACUGCAUGGAUCUGGGUUGGAGCUGCCUGUGGUUAUGGACCAGGACCACUUAGGGGGCAGGGUGGGUACAGCUGGGACAGGUGGGGGUGCAGGGGGGGGUCUGGGGGAGCAGCUGCACCCGGCUGGCGCUCUGGGAUCUGGUGUCGUGAGUGUGGUGCUAGCUGGCUCGCACCCGCACUCCUCCAUGGCGCCCCCCCCUCAGCUGGAGCCUGUUCCUCUUCACGGGCCUGCCAGCAUGGGUCUGGAGUCCGUCAGUGUGUCCCCCAUCACUGCUGAAGUGUCCCUGGGGACCGACAGCAGCCUGGUACUGGUCAACUCCUCCUUACAGCUGGAGGACUCCACUUCCAACAAGGAGAACAUGGUCACCGCCUUCACCAUCUGGUGCACACUAUGCGAUCGCUCGUACCCCUCUGACUGUCCAGAACACGGCCCAGUUACCUUCGUCCCAGACACUCCCAUCGAAAGCCGCGCUCGCCUCUCCCUGCCCCGUCCGCUGUGCCUCAGAGUCUCUGUGGCUGAUGAACCCCUAGGUGUUUUUGCACGAGAGGUCAUACCGAUUCGGACCUGCUUCGGGCCCUUAGUUGGUCAGCACUGUAGCACCAUGGAGCUGACGGACUGGUCGGACAAGAACAAUCCUCAAGUGUGGAAGAUGUUCCACAACAAUGUACUGGAGUUCUACAUUCUGACUACAGAUGAGAAUGUUUGCAACUGGAUGAUGUUUGUUCGUAAGGCGAGUUCGGAGGAGGAGCAGAACCUGGUGGCCUAUCCUGACAAUGGGAAGCUUUAUUUCUUCUCAUCCAGGGAGAUCAUGCCCGACCAGGAGCUUGUAUACUACUACAGUCGGGACUAUUGCAGACAUCUAGGCGUUCCCGAAGUUCCGGGCGGUCAACUCUGUCACUGUGACAAGGACUGCGGCUCCUUCGGAGAGCUCAAGUCCCACCUCGGGGACCACGCCCACGAUCAGGAGCACGGCCACAGCCCCUGCCAGAACCACCCCGCGCACCACGGCCACCAAGAGGGCAAGCUGACCGGAUCCGGCUCCGGGUCCUCGUGGCCGGGCCACGCACGAGAGAGGAAGUACAAGUGCAGCAUAUGCUCACGGGCGUUCACCUCCUCCACCAAGCUGAACGUUCACUACAUGGGCCAUGUGGGCAUGAAGCCACACAAAUGCGAGUACUGCAGCAAGGCCUUCAGCGACCCCAGCAACCUGCGCACCCACCUCAAGAUCCACACAGGGCAGAAGAAUUACCGGUGCAGCAUGUGCGAGAAGUCGUUCACCCAGAAAGCCCACCUGGCGUCUCACAUGGUGAUUCACACGGGAGCCAAGAACCUCAAAUGUGACCACUGUGACCGGAUGUUCAUGAGGAGGCAGGACCUGAAGCAGCACGUGCUCACCCAUACGCAAGAAAGACAGAUCCGCUGCCCCAAGUGCGACAAGCUCUUCUGGAAGUCCAACCACUUGAAGAAGCACCUGAACUCCCACGAGGGUCGCCGCGACUACAUCUGCGAGAAGUGCAACAAGGCCUUCCUCACCAAGUACCACCUGACCCGACACCUCAAGAUCUGCAAGGGCCCCAAGACGCCUGGCAAGACCCUGCAGGAGGAGGAAGAGGAGGAUGACGACGAGGAGGAAGAGGAUGAGGAUGAUGAGGAAGAUGGGGACGUGGGCGGGCUGAUCGACCCGGUCAGCAGGGAGGACUGUACCCUGGAACCGGCUGAAUAUGCUUCAGACAAAGCUCUCUCCCCGCUGCCCUGACCACCGUGGGGCACUGCUGGACCGCUUGGCCAGCCUGAGACAUCCUAUUUAUUUCACCCUUUCCUUUAAUAAUAUUUUUUUUUUGCCAAAAGCUUAAUUUUUCUGUUUUUAGCCACUGUUUUCUUUAUUUACGGCCGCAGGACUAAACGGUGGUUUCCCAUUCUGGCACUAUUUAAUGAAACAGAGCCCGAGCUGACAGGUGUAACGGCAUCUGCUGUUAACGACGGAGGCUCCGUCCUGUUUCCGCCGCGCUGGCCUUAUUGGUCAAUGAGCUGAAACGUUGCGAAACGACCGGGCGUCGGCGUUCGUGCCCGUCACCUACGUCAUCAGGCGCCGCGGGGUGGUUCCGCGCGAUUUGUAAGCGCGACCUGCUCAGCGUUCGGCGGAGGGUCACGCGUCUGAGGCGGCUGUAAAAGUGACUGUUCGGCCGCUUGGUGUGGGGGUCAGAUCUUCGGCUGCAGGUGGUCGGGUGCCAAUACCUGUGUGCACUCACCGCACAACUCAUGUUUUUUUUCCCUUAUCUUUUAUUUUUAUUAUUAUUAUUGACACGCAGUGUUUCAGUUGUAUGGAUUUUUUGUUUACUGAGACGUUAAAGCCGUUAACCAAAAAAAACAACAACCCUGCCAAGAGUAAUUUAUCAGAUCUCAUGCCAUACGACAUGUAUCACACCCUGUCUAACUGCCACCUCGGUUAUGUUUGUUACACAGAAUGUCUUGUGGAAAGGACCUUACACUGCAUAAGAAUGUAUCAACGCUGCCAAUCUUUUAAUGCUAUUUUAAAAAGCUUAUUAUCACAUGAUACAGUAAGAACGCUGUUGUCAAUUAGACCGACGUGUUCGUGGCUUCUCACCUGAAGCUUUUGGCAAAAUCAUGAACUGCGUGCCAGCGGAGCGCAGCACCUAUCCGGCCUUUCGCCUCCCGGUUCCCGGUGCGCCCAAUCGCGGCGCGGCUCCGCCUAUUUCGUGUUUCUUAAAAGGUUUUUAACAGUAAACUGUAUAUAUUUUAAAUGAUUGUGCAUAACCGCAGACAAUUUAGCUAAUUAAUUGUGACAACAGUGAUUUUAUUUUUAAUCGCAGAAAACUGAACUUUCAGAAUGAUGUUGAAAAUGAAAACAGUAAACUGAUGGUCUAUUUGCUAUGCGAUUUUUAAUUGCGUACGGUACAUGGGAAUGAUUAGUUGUCACCCGAGUGCGCGAAACAGCAACGAUUGAUUGCUGAUCAUUGUCGUUUGCUGUAACUCCGUUACAGCAUGGAAGGACUUUGUGAGUUACUGCGCGCGACAUAUGACAGUGAUAACCAGUCAUUACUGUUUCGCGGACACAGCUAACUGAACCAGCUGUUCUCAUGUAUUUUACAGGCUGCUCUAAUCACCUAACUAAUGCAAAACAACCCAUUGUCACGAUGACAUUUAAAAUUGAGCUGUCUUCGUGUAUCUGCUAUCAACUGUAGCAAUAAGAAACCGCAGUGCUAAUCAUGAGCGCAGGAUGCGAUUUCACGACGAUGGGGAACACAGUUCUUAACAUUUUCUGAAUUUCACAAAUUUACAUUUUCGUGACGGUGGAUGCAUACGCACCUUAUGCACCAUGUAUGGCUACGCUUCUGAGUGCGAACCUAUGUUUUUAAAUUAGAUUUUUUUUUCUAAAAUGUUAAUGUCAGUGACAGCUAACAUCUCUCUGUAGACUUCCUGUUGCCUAUUUAAAUGUAUGAUUCUUUCAUGUACAUGUGUGGUAGAAAUUUAUGACACAGUCAGUG